ACUGAGUUUCAUAUUCUGUGGGUUUCAUAACAUAAAAAUUCUUAAGAACAAUACAUAUGCGAAAUGCGUUAUGAGCCGGCUGUUAACGCUGAAUCAUAGCCACGGUGAUAUAUAUUUUUUUGUUAUAAACCAAACCGUUAGAAAAUUCGUUGAGACAUUGUCGAGUUUUAGUGGAGGAAAUCACUCAAUUUACAUUCACUGCUUUGAAGCCCGCAGUAGCGUGCUCUGCUUUAUGAUGGCUGCUGGUUUUCAACGCCGCCAUCUCAGAUUUUCUGCAUCUAGUAAUAAAUAUGUGAUGUCUAUUGACAGUGUUUAUUCACGCAACUAAACCCGGAAGCGGUGCAAACGUAAUGCUAUUGGUCGGUAAGUGAUGAACAUGACGUUGAACGGAGGUUAUUACCUAAAAAUAACGGCAGCGGCCUAGCAUUUUUGCCACUCUCUUAGCAAUCAAGCCCGGUGCUAAAUAACAAUGAAAUUCAGCUAAGUGCCAUUCAUGGACCACGCUAAGGUCAGUUUCAUGUGUUAAGGAGCGCCGUGCCAUGCAGAGGAGACACAGUAGCAACACGGAUGGCAUGCCCUCAGAAAGGAGCCGUAGCCAAACUGUGGAAUCAGAGAGCAGUCUGGACGAAGGCGGCGUGUUCGAUUGCUUAAAACCCGACUCGCCCACGUCGCCCCAGCAGAUCUUUUCGGGCCUGGUGGGCGUUCCGUCUGGUGCCGUCUCUUCUGCCCAGUUCCAGGCGGCGAGUUUAGUGCUGGGCUCGCAUCCUGAUGUCUUCAUCCAAAUGACUACGUUAUCCCGGGAAGAAGGAGGCCCCCGUCGCCCCGAGGUUGGAGUGUUCCUGCCUCGUCCGCCCCACCAUCACCACAACUUCCAUCACCCGCCGCCGCAGCACAGGACUUCCUCUCUUCUCCAGCAGGCGGCAGCGGCCACCUCGGAGAGGCACCAUCAUGGCCCCAGGGAAGAGGUGGGCCAAGAAGACCCGUCUGCACCGGCUCCUGCCCUCUCCGAGCUGAAGGCAGUAGUCUCGUGGCUGCAGAGGGGUUUCCCUUUCAUCCUUAUCCUGCUGGCCAAAGUCUGCUUCCAGCAUAAGCUUGGUAUUGCAGUUUGCGUUGGGUUGGCCAGCACCUUCACCUACGCCAACGCCACCUUCAAGCAUCAGGUGUCGCUGCGGGAGGAGCGCUCGGUGCUAAUGGCCCUUUGGCUUGCACUCUUCCUUUCUGGGAAUGUGGCAUAUAUUUACUACGCCUUCCGCCAAGAGGAGCUGCAUAAAAGCCUCAUGUUUUCCAAGCCCAACCUCAACGGUUUUGACUUCUUCGACCUAAUGUGGGCGGUGGGCAUCAACGACUUUGUUCUCAAGUUCGUCACCGUUGGACUGAAAUGCUUCGUCCUCCUUCUACCUGGCAUCUUCUUGGCUUUCAAGUCUAGGGGCAAGUUCUACCUGCUAAUUGAGGAGCUGAGUCAGCUGUUUCGUGCAUUGGUUCCCAUCCAGCUGUGGUACAAGUAUAUCAUGGGGGAAGAGCCUUCAGCCAGCUACUUUUUGGGAGCUGCGCUCAUUAUAAUCUACAGUCUCUGCAAGGGCUCUCCCUUAGAGAUAGGGUCAGAAGCUUGGUCAUCCUGGAGGGACUCAGGGUCGAGCCGCUACUCCUCUGUGUUGAGGGGAGCUGAGGUGGCUCAGGGAGGUUCGGAGGCCUCCUGGACGCCUUCCCGCAGAGGUGUUCCGUGCAUGCCCCACCGGCGGAAGGCACCGGAAACGACUCAGGACAUGCUGGAGAGAGUAGAAUACAAUGGAAUAGAAUAGUCCUUUAAUGUCAUUAUACAGUUGUAGAAUGAAAUUAUGGAGCAUCUCCCUUUUCAGUGCAGGAUAAGUUAAAAUCUCAAAAGUGACUUGCAAGUAUAAAAGUAUAAAAUAUAAAUAUAAGAUGUGUAUGAGAUAUUCCUAUGUUCAAGCAGUGCAAAUAAUGGAAGUACGUAGCAGCGGUUUGACAGUGAAGGCAUGGAAUAUUGCACGUAGUAAGUAUUGCACAUUGAAUAUUGGACAUUGGGUGAUGUGGUGUUACAUAUGGCAGUUCAGGGUGUAAAUGGCUUUAGCAAAUGAACUGUUCCUCAGUAUGUCUGUUCUAGCUUUUAAACACCUAUAGUGUCUUCCAGAGGGAAGCAGUUUAAACAGCUGAAAACCAGGAUGUGAACUGUCCUUGAGGAUGUUUAGAGCUCUGCUGAGGCACCAGGAGGAGUAGAUUUCCAUCAGGUAGGGGGAGAGGACAGCCUAUGAUCCUCUGCGCUGCCUUGACUGUCCUCUGAAGCCUCUCCCAGUCUGCAGUAGUGCAGCUCCCAUACCAGGUGGAAAUACAGUAUGUUAGCAGGCUCUCAAUGGGUGAGUGGUAGAAGGCCAGCAGCAGCUUUCUGUCCAGCUUGUUGUUCCUGAUGACUCUUAGGAAGUGCAGAUGCUGCUGAACCUUCUUUAUGAUGACUGCUAUGUUUGCAGUCCAUGAGUGGUCAUCUGAGAUCUGGACUCCCAGGAACCUGAAGGUGAGGAUCCUCUCCACACACUCGCCGUUGAUAUACAGGGGCGGCGGAUCGGUUCUGUUCCUCCUGAAGUCCAUGAUGACCUCUUUGGUUUUGGUGGUAUUCAGGGCCAAGUUUUUGUCUGAGCACCAGACUGAGAGUUUGUAGACUUCCUCUCUGUAGGCUGCCUCAUCUCCUAUGGGAUCAGUCCAACCACUGUGGUGUCAUCAACAAACGAGACGAUAGCGUUGCUCCUGUGGAUUGGACUGCUGUCGUUGGAUUGGACUGCUGUCGUAGGUACAGCGACAGUACAGGAGGGGGCUCAGUACACAGCCCUGUGGUGAGCCGGUGCUCUGUGUGCAGUUGAAAGAAUGGUGGGGGCCAAGUCUCACAGUCUGGGGUCUGUUGGACAAAGGCAAUCCUUAAUCCAGGAGCAUGUGAGAGGAGGGCAGAAUAUCUAGCUUUGUAGUGAGAAUGUCCAGGAUGAUGGGGUUAAACGCAGAACUAUAAUCCACAAUGAGCAUCCUGGAAAAGCUCUGCUAUACUAUGUCUCUCGGCUGGCUUGGGAACGUCUUGGGAUCCCGCCUGAGGAGUUGGUUGAAGUGGCUGGGGAGAGGGAAGUCUGGGCUUUCCUGCUAAAGCUGCUGCGACCCGACCUCGCAUUAAGUGUCAGAUAAUGAAUGGAUGUAAAAGCGAACCAAAACUGACAGCUUUUGUCAACAGGGACUGGAAAGAAAGCAUUACUAAUGUCCACAACAGUAAGGAAAGUUGAAUCUAGUCCAGUUAACAAUGUGUGUUGGCCCAGGAUGUAAAGUGCCCUUUAAAUUAUGGCAUCAUUGACUGAUUGUAGGUCCUAGACCAUUCUCCAACCCACAGAAGGUGAGGCCUUUUUUACAGGAAAAAUAAGAUCUUUAUUGAUCCCAUCAUGGGGAAAUUUUCGGUGUUACAGCAGCAAAGAUAUAGGUCACACAGAGGAUGGCGUGAUGUAGCCGUUAAUGUAAUUAACACUAUUACUA